ACGGGCGAGCCGGGCGCCCGCGCGGCGGGGACGGCCCGCGCCGACAUGCGGAGGCCGGCGGCGCGGGAGCGGGAGAGGGGGCCCGAGCGGGCGCCGGAGCCGCACUCGAAGAGCGAGCGGGGCCCGGAGCGAGGUCCCGCGCCGCGCUGCUGAGGAGCCCGGCCGCUGCCCGCCAGCCUCGGGCCACGGCCACGGCCGCGGCGGAGGCCGAGAGCAGCUGGGAGCCACGAGAUUUGAGGCAGUGGGACCUGCCAGCAGGAUGUGGCCUCCCCUUGCAUGUGACACCGAGGGCACCGAGAUGAGCGCCUCAGCCGGGCCCUUGUGAGCCCCCGCAUACCACUAGCAGGGAGCCUGCCAGGCCACCAUGGGGCACUAGCCCCGAAGAGCCACCCGUGACCUCAGGUCUCCACAGACCCAGGAUUCGCACGGCAGCAGAGUCACCGUGGAGAGGCCAGGGUACCACAAACUUAUGGAUUUUGACAAGAAAGGAGGGAAAGGGGAGUCAGAGGAGGGCCGGAGAAUGUCCAAGACCGGCAGCCGGGCCAGCCAUGGCGUCCGGAGCUCGGGGACCAGCUCGGGGGUCCUGAUGGUGGGCCCCAACUUUCGGGUCGGGAAGAAGAUCGGCUCUGGCAACUUCGGGGAGCUCCGGCUAGGAAAGAAUCUCUAUACAAAUGAAUACGUAGCAAUCAAAUUGGAGCCCAUCAAGUCCCGGGCGCCACAGCUGCACCUGGAAUACCGUUUCUACAAGCAGCUCAGUGCCGCAGAGGGCGUCCCUCAGGUCUACUACUUCGGCCCAUGCGGGAAGUACAACGCCAUGGUGCUGGAGCUGCUCGGGCCCAGCCUGGAGGACCUGUUCGACCUGUGCGACCGCACGUUCUCGCUCAAGACUGUGCUCAUGAUCGCCGUCCAGCUGAUCACGCGCAUGGAGUACGUGCACACCAAGAGCCUCAUCUACCGCGACGUGAAGCCGGAGAACUUCCUGGUGGGGCGCCCGGGCACCAAGCGGCAGCAUGCCAUCCACAUCAUCGACUUCGGCCUGGCCAAGGAGUACAUCGACCCCGAGACCAAGAAGCACAUCCCGUACCGCGAGCACAAGAGCCUGACGGGCACGGCGCGCUACAUGAGCAUCAACACGCACCUGGGCAAGGAGCCGCCGCGACGACCUGGAGGCGCUGGGCCACAUGUUCAUGUACUUCCUGCGCGGCAGCCUGCCCUGGCAGGGGCUCAAGGCCGACACGCUCAAGGAGCGCUACCAGAAGAUCGGGGACACCAAGCGGGCCACGCCCAUCGAGGCGCUCUGCGAGGGCUUCCCAGAGGAGAUGGCCACGUACCUGCGCUACGUGCGGCGCCUGGACUUCUUCGAGAAGCCGGACUACGACUACCUGCGCCGGCUGCUCACCGACCUCCUGGACCGCAGCGGCUUCGUGUUCGACUACGACUACGACUGGGCCGGGAAGCCCCUGCCGACGCCCAUCGGCACGGUCCACACCGACCUGCCCUCGCAGCCGCAGCCCCGGGACAAAGUCCAGCCACACAGCAAAAACCAGGCCCUGAACUCCACCAACGGGGAGCUGAACGCGGACGACCCCACGGCCGGGCACUCCAACGCGCCCAUCACGGCGCCGGCGGACGUGAAGGUCUCCGACGAUACCAAGUGCUGCUGCUUUUUCAAGAGGAGAAAGAGGAAAUCCCUGCAGCGACACAAGUGACCCGGGGUGGUGGUGGCCUGAACCCCUGCCGCCGUGGCCGGGCAAGCUUGUCCCCUGCCGCGCGUAUGGCCGGGCCAGUGGAGCCGCCCGCUUCCUCCUCCACACGAGACUCCGGCCGCCGUCCCCACGCCCGUCCAGUCCGCCCCUCCGAGAGCAUUAACUUUUUAAAACAAGGAAAAGCAAACGCGGCCCGCCCGCUGAAGUGAGUAGAGCGGCCGCGCGCCAGCCCACCCGGUGGGUCAUAAAAUCCAGCUUUUCUCCUCGAUCCAAAGGCCGUUUUCUCGAGGGGCGCUGCAGGCCUUGCUGCCGGGGGUGAGCCUGCCCCGGGCCUCCCUGAACCGAAGGGCAAGGCGGGUGGGGGCAGCCCCCCCAACCAAAUCGCUGCACCAAAGCUCGGGCCGGCGGGGUGGCCCCUUGGGGUGGCCCUGGGCCUCACGGACCCGCGUCCAGGGUCUGCCCCGGGGCGGCCGCCUGCAUGGCCACUCGUGCCGUGGGCCUCUCACUUCCGUACGCGCAGAGCCCCGGCCGAGCCAUGGGAGACAAGCGCCUUAAAGCCGGGUCCUAGCCCCGAGGCGUGUGCGGGCUGGGCAGCCCUGCCGGGCGGGGGCCUCAGCGGUCCCCCGAGGCCUGCAGCCGCACGGGGCAGAAGGGCCGGGGGCAGCCCAGCGCGGCGUGUGCGUCUAGGUCUUGCUUUACAAAGUGUACAGAAAUGGCACUUCAUUUGUCUGAUGCUUCCUGGAAGCCAUAGAACUUAGGGGCUUUUUUAAAAAAAAAUAAAGGAGAAGGAAAUCUCGA